AUGGACGGGGGAGACUAUCCCGUUAGUAUGGAUUUCGAUGGCGAGUACGGGAUGGAGGUAAAUGCCAACAAAGUGAAAGACGUGGAGGAGAUUGAGCCUGCCAUCGCCAACGGUGGCGGCGAGGAACACUACAGCAACGGCAUGGACAUGGACCUCGAAGCAGAGUUCGACGCACAGCUCAACGAGCUCAACAGAUCUUCAAAUGUUGGGUUGAGCGAAGCGAUCUGGUCAGCACCACCUGAAGAAGAAGAAGAAGGAGACAGAGAAGGAGAAGGGGAUAGUCCUAUUCAGAAUGAUCCCGAUAUUGAGUUGCAUGAGGAGGAUGAAGGCGAGCCGGAAGCUCAGGAGGCUAUUCCUCUCGUUGAUGAUACACCUGUGGUGGAAGAACCUCCAGAAGAUAUCAACACUGGUGAAGGUUUCCUGGACAAUGACGUUGAUAUUGCGACAGAAGGUUCGCUCGACCUUGAAGUUGAACAAGGUGGUGACAUCGCCACAGAAGGAUCACUGGAUCUCGACAUUGAGGUACCUGAUCACCAACAGCUCACGGAUCGUUACAUCCCACUGGGAGCUGAAAUGGAUCUUGGUGGAAGCGAAGGAGAACAGUUUCCGGUGGAGAAUCCAGAAACGGAGCCCUUGCAGCAGGAGCAGGAACCGUUACCGCAGGAGCCAGAGCAAUCACUGCAGGAACCACAGCCGUUGCUUCAGGAACCAGAGCCAUUAAGGCAGCAGGAGCCUGCUGUGCAAGAUGAACCUGAUGGACGGUUGGGAGCUGUAGGGGAGGAGGAGCAGCAACUAUUGCUCAGCGAUGACGGGGCUUUAGAUACUGAAGUGGAGGCUGGUGCUAUGACUGAGGGUUCCUUGGAUCUAGAUGUACAUGUAGGUGCCCAUGUUGAGGACGAGGACGAAGAUGCAGUCUAUGCUACAGAUGUGUUUGAAUCAAAUGAGAGGCUGGAGUCUCCUUCGGCCACCUACGUGAACACCACCUUGGCCAGCAAUGCAUCCUCCUUGGGCGCCCACGAACCAGCCCCGGCGCACGCCCAGAGCCUCAUCACACCAUUCCGAGAUGACAUCAAUGGCGACGUGACAAAUGUUGACAGACCAGGAGAUGGGGUUAGGGUGGCAACAGCAGUAGAUGACAUUACGGUGAUAGAACCUACAACAGAAACAAAGCUCUUGGACCACAAAGGUAAUGGCGAUGCAGUUGUACCCAUGCCCCUGAUUCGAAAGGGCUUCCCUCCCCCAUUCCCGAUUGGUUACAAUGAUGAGAAUCUACACAGAGGCAACUGGGGUCACAAGAUGGAGUUCAUGUGUGCCAUUUUCUGCGUUAUCUUCAACAUCGACAGCUUCGCACAGUUUCCAUAUUUGAUGUACGCCAAUGGAGGAGUCGUCUUCCUGAUCCCAUACAUGAUAGCCCUGUUCCUGUUGAUCCUACCCUUGGUCCUGAUUGAGAUAUCCCUGGGCCAGUUUGCCAGCUGUUCUUUCCUCACCUGCUGGAAGUUCUGCCCGCUCCUAAAGGGUCUGAGUAUCGGGAUGCUGCUUCAGCUGUUGGGGUUCGCCUUCCUAUGGGGACCAUUCUCCGGACACAGCCUAUACUACAUGUACACCAUCUUCCUACCGACCGAUGACUUGGUAUAUACCACCUGUUCCAAUGUAUGGAACGUGAUCAGCUGCCAGCCGCUGGUCCCAGGGAACUACUCCGCCCAGGAUCCUUAUUACGAGUCGUCCAUCCAGGAGAACGUGACAGGUUUCAAAGCAAGCUUCCCUGAGGAAGAAUUCUACAGGCACUAUGUCCUGAUGGAUGCCGGUACGACCAAUAGUCUUGGGUACCCUUUGACCCACCUGAUGAUAGCAUUGGCCGUGGCAUGGGUGGUGACUUUUAAUAUCAUCCUCUUCGGCAUCAAGUCUUUUGGCAAGAUUGCGUAUAUCUUGUUCAGUGCUCACAUCAUCCUCCUCAUUGUAUUGCUAAUACGGGGCGCCAUCUUGGAUGGAGCAAUGGACGGUAUCAAACUUCUAUUCUGGCCAGAAGUUAGCAAACUCUUGGAAGUAGAGGUUUGGUCCAAGGCAUUGAACUGUGCAAUGAUCACGUUUGCACCAAUGUGUGGGAUUCUGAUGUCAUUGAGUAGCUACAACAAAUUCCAUAACAACUGUUUCAUGGAUUCUGUCGUUCUCAUCCUGGUGGCGCUCUUCAUCAACCUCCUGUCUGCCGUCACAUACUUCUGCUAUGUCGGUUAUGGAAGCAAGGCCCUUGAUGUGAAUUCCCUUCACCUUUCUGAUAAAACAACAGGAGAAACAAUCUUUGUGAUGUUUACAGCAAUUUUUGGCUCCCUACCACAUACGAGGAUUAUGUCUUUCCUUCUCUUCUUCUUCACAUUCCUUUCAAGUCUCAGCUUUCAGGUUGUUGUAACACUCUCAUUAGUAAUUGGUUUUCUGGAUGUAUUUGGAUGUCGUCAUUCGUGGAAGGUCAUCAUACCGGUCUCGUUCUUGGUCACCGUGGUUUGUUUUGGUGGUGGACUACUCUUCAUUACACCUGAGGGACCACAUUUCUGGGAAGUCCUGUAUAAGUUCUUCAUGCCUCACAUUCCCUUCAUCUUGUGCAUCAUAAUGCCUCUGGCUCUCACAUGGAUAUAUGGAACGAUACCAGCCUGGAAGUUCCUCAAGUUCCAGCGAGACAUCAAAGCGAUGGUAGGAUGCUUCCCGAUCGUCUUCCAAGGGAUGUUCGCCGGACUAGAGGCAGUGAUCAUCCCAGUUGUCAUUUCGGUGGCGUGGGUUUACAAUCUUUAUCUUGUCUUCAGUAACAUUGAUCUGAACUUUGAGGUCUACCAGGGUUGGCACAUUGCCGUGGCAAUCAUCUUAGCGUUCGUCCCUCUCAUCAUCGGCUUCCUGUCGGGUGCCGUCAUGGAACUCUGUAAAUAUGUGACGGUCUAUAAAUACUUUACCGAGCUCUUUUGGCUUGCAUCAAUGCCUCUGCGUGAGUGGGGGCCAGCGGUUGAAGAAAACAGGACAGAACAUGACUACCCCAUCGUCAAAGCCCAGAGAGACGACCUGGUAGUGGAAGAAAAAUACCGUGAGUACUCGCAGGAGAACGUCAACAACGCCAAUGACAAUUGUCUGCGGCAGAGCCAAGGCUAUUCCAUGUCGCUGAACAACGAGGGCAGCAAUCCACCGUCGCCUCGCGACAAGCCGGACAAUGUUUACCCGUCGAGUAGUGACACGUUGGACAGGGACCUCGAUCCAGCCAUCAAUUCAAAUGCGACGUUACCGGCGGGCACGCCUUUGCUUGGACUCAGUUUGUGCUCGCAUGAAACUACACUGUAGCUCAAACCUUCAUAAAGACUCGGAACAUCAUGCAAGAAAAUAGACUGCAAUUGAUGCCAAAAGUUUACGUUUGAGAGAAGGAUUUAUUUUCUCACAAGAAUUUGAAAAAUAUAUCUGUUCUUUUAUCACUUCUUUCUAUUUAUGUUUUGCUACACAUUUUUAUUACCAAUGUACAUGUACAUGUGAGUAAACAUUUGUCAUCUCUUUUUUAUUUGUGGAUAAUAAUACAGUUUAUAUUUCUUGUAUCAGUGCAUAUAUUUUUCCUGACAAAAGUGGGAUUCUCUACUUUUGUUAUCACUAAAUGGAAUGAGAGUUUUGUUGUUCUUGUUACAUUACUUCAUAUGUUUGUAAUAUUUGUAUAGAAUCACAUGUAGCUGACAUGGCUGAAAAAGAGGAGUUUCAAGUUAAGAUAAAUCAUUUUUUUCACGUUCAUUUGUUCACUUUAUUUCGAGAACACUCCUCACAAAGUCCAUACAUAUCCAGUCUAAAUAAUCCAGAAGUGUUAAAUAAUAGGAUGAAACAGAGAUAUUUGUUUCAAUUUUGGAAUAUUCAGGCAAUUACAUGUAGUAUCUGUUUUGCAUUUAUUCUUCUCUAAAAUUCAUGAAUUUCAACUCUGCUAUCGUUGUGGAAAUUUGAUUAGCUAACACCAGUAUUGCAAUUGUUAUCAUUGAAGUUUAGGACAGGUUGAAUAAUGAUAUGAUUUUUUUUUUAUUUGAAGUUGCACUGUACAUUUAAGCCUGCAAAUAUUUUAUACUUUGAAUAAACAAAUAUGAAAAUGGCAAUAUCUUAGCAUAUAUAUAGCAUAUGGACAGAACCAUUGUUGUGUAAUGGUUCUGACUUUUUAAUCAAAGGAUUAAAUGAUCGCACUGCAGCUUAGCGUCCCUUGGCAAGGCAUCGGGUGACACUUUGCCACUCUCCACCCAGGUGUUAAGCUGUUCCCUAGUAGGAUGUGUAAGUCACUGUAGUAUGACCAGUGUGUCAGCGUAGCAGCUCUUGUUGGAAUGCUCACCUGUUAACAGAGGAAUAGCUGAACUAUUGUGUGUGGGCAAAAAAGGAAGGAUGUUCCAGAAUUUGAAGUACAGAGUUUUAUCUCAGCAACGACAAUAUCAUGGACUUUAUCCUACAAUGAGAAAACAGCAUUAACUUGAUAUAUAAAACUAUAUAAUACUAUCACAUUUGCAUUGAAAUAUUUGCAGCAUAUUUACCUUUUCACGCAACUUCUUGGUUAGGACCAAAUCGCCUACAAUUGAAAUCCUUGGCAUUGGUUGGCAAGUAGACUCUGGUUUCUGAUUGUUAAUAUGUUGUUUGUCAGAGAACAGCAACUUGUCAGUGAUAACAUCUUUUAUGAAUGAAGCCCAAAUUUGUAUGAGUAAUGGAGAUUCAUAAACUAAUAUGCACAGUAUCAAUUAACAGUGGACUCAGACUUUCUACUUUUGCUUUCCUAUUCCUAUAAUUUUUACUGAAUAGUUCCCAGAUUUUAUACUUGAUGUUAAGAUGACAGGCAUAGAUACGUUUUUAGCAUUUUGCUAAAUAAACACUGUUUGAAUAGCAUCGAAAGACAGUAAACGUCUUGCAAUUAAGCAUAUUAUUUGACAAAAAACACCCGUUUUAUUUUGUAUAUACACCUCAUCAAAUAUGUAUAUACACUUUGUACACACUGUUAUUAUGAGAUAUGUACAGUUUUAUAGUAGUAUUAGUUUUGUAUAGAACAUUUGAAAAGAUAUUGUCUAUGUUGCCCUUUUAAACCUGAUGUUUGCGUGAUGGGGAUUUUUAAACCAUUUUGAUGCCAAUUUGUCCAAUUUUGUCAGAAACCAGAAAGGGCUUGUGGUUUUGAUUCUAAGAAAAUUGAAUGAUAAUAGGAAAUAACAUCUACUUUUUAAUAUUUCAUGAUAAAAAAAAAAAUCCAUGAUAACAGCGUGGGUUAGAUUACAUGUACAGUUUUGUUUAGUGUCUUGGUUUGGCACUAAGUUGAUGGUAACACUUGCAUUUAAGACUGAAGUCUGUGUGAAUUUUACACUUUUUUGGGAGAGAUUCUUGCUGGGUUGGGGGCUCCAGGCCUUGCAACUAUUCUGAUAACAGCCACACCUAUUAAAUUGAUUCCAAAUUGACCAAUGAUAUUCCAUUUCAAAUGAUAUAAAUUGGUCAUUGGUGUAACCAAAACCUUAGUAAUCAAAAUUCAUUGUGAUCAUUGUGUAAUAAAAAGAAAAAGAACACCCUCUGUAGGCAUUUUGCAAAGAGUUAGGUGCACAUCCAAGCUUUUUUUUUUUUUGAUGGUGAUCUUGUUUGAUAAACUCACCAAGAAGAGUUCUGUCAUACUUUCUUCAUGAUUUUGGUUCUUUAUCUUGCAGGUUGUAUUGUGCCACCGUCUUGCCCUUAUUUGACAUGUUGCCCUUUAACCUUUUAGCCUUAAACCUUUUCAAUCUCAAUAACUUCUUAAUGAAUGAGUUUAUGCAUAGGAUAGCUUCACAGACUUUGCUUAUGAUAUUCUCUAUUUAAAGCAUGUCCUAACAUCAUCUACUCAGAUUGUUGACAUACUUGCAACGCAAUGAAUUGGAAAAAAAAAUCAAGUGAGAACUGAAUUGUAGUAUGGUGAUGGUAAAGUGUAUUUAUUAUUAUUAUUAUCAUAUUAGGAAAAUGAAAUUUACAUGUAGCAUUCCUUGUAAGUGAGCACUUAACUUUGCACAAUUUGGAUUUUAUUCAUGGCUUAUUUCAGAGUAGACAAACAACAACUUAUUUUGAAAAAAUUGUGAUUUUGUGAAAAUGAUGUAAGUAAUUUUCUUCCAAGCAAAUGUUUGCUUACAGUACCAUGUAAAAGCUAAAGGAUCUGUCAUGUCUGAAUGUUUUAGCCAGGGUAUGCCUACGUACAUACUCUCUGACAAGCCGUUUUCCCCUUUCUUGGUAGCACAAAUUGCCCUUUGUCAACAACACAAAUGGUUCUUCAUUAUACAGGAUUUGAAUGAUAUUUUUUUUAUGUCAACAAGUGCAGUUCUUGAUAUCAUGAAUAGGAUUUAUGGAGAAAGUGGCUUGCCAUAGUCUUCAUGCAUUGGCAUAAGCUGGCUAAAUCUUUUCAGGUGUGACAGCCCCUUUAAUGAGUCACUUACAAUUUGUGCAACAAAUGGAUUUGCAUGGCAUAAAAAACACCGCUCUUCCCAAAAUCACCCUUUUUAGAGGCUUUUUGAUGACCAUCUAUACCGUACACUUGAUGCGAUUCUUUUUUUUGCAGUAACGGCAGUAGAAGAUGCCUGUAUAUUUUUCAGGUCAAGAUAAUCAAGAAAUGUACAGAAAUAAAGCAAUAAAAUGGACUUUCAGUGUGAUUGCAGAAGUGCACUUGAAGAUGAAAAAUAGUAUUGAUGGAAAGGCCUAUAUAUUUACUCUAGUGGUAGUUGUAGCACCAAUGUAGUGGCACAUGGGAGUUAUGGUGAUGAAAUUGUACAUGGUCAUGAUUUGUUGUAAAACUUCAUGUUGAUAUUGGAUUUGUUUUUUUUAAGACCAUGUGAAUUGUCGAUGAAUUGCAAUUAUGAAUUCAAGGGCAAAACUGUAGUAAAGUGAGUGAACAUUUCGUCUUCCUAUAAUGAUGUAAUGUCUAAUAAUUUUCUCUUCCAUAAUGUCUUUUGUAUUAGAGAUAACGAUUCUUGCCCACCUUUUGUGUUACUUUCGUUUUAAUCAUGAUUUAAGUCGAUGAUUUAGUAAUGUAAAUGAAUUCAACUAUCUACAAUUAUCAGAUUAUCAUGCACUUUCCUAGCAAUAUUCUAGAAUUUACCCAAUUUGUAUCCAUUAUUUUGAUAGAUAUGAAAUUAGAAUUCACUGAAUAUUUUAUCGAUUUACUCCAUUAUCUUUCAAACACAACAGAUACAACCUUUCAUACACCCUUUUUUUUUUACACAAGAAACGGCCUCUAUUUUUCUUAUUGGUUAUUACUUGAAUGAUGUGAAACGACUGUAAGUCAGUAAUAAAUACUGCAUGUAUUUGCUUAUAAA